AUGGCGAAUGAGAAUCCGAGCGCCGCCGACAACUUUCGCCAAUUUGUCAAAGGGCUGCAGGACGAAAAUGAUCUCGUCACGAUUACUGAAGAGGUUGAUCCCCAUCUGGAACUCGCAGCCAUAGUCCGCAAAGACAAGACUCCUCUAUUCGAGAAAAUUAAAGGCCGCAGUGGCACCGGUCUCCUCCGCGUACUCGGAGCAACAGUAGGCCUAAGUCGAGUGCCAGAUCAAAGACUUCGACGAAUCGCUAAAUCAUUUGGGCUACCCUCUCAUGCAACGGGCCAAGAAAUCAUUCAGAAGAUCAACGCGGCCAAAACGCAUGAGCCCAUCGAGCCCAAAGCAGUCUCAUCUGGACCGGUAAAGGAGCAUAAGAUCUUUGGAGAUGACAUCGAUUGGAAUAUGCUCCCAACGCCACUACUCCAUGAAGAUGAUGGCGGAAAAUUCAUCGAAACAUUCGGCAUGCAUAUUGUUCAAACACCGGACGGCCGGUGGGUGAACUGGUCCGUCAGUCGGGGAAUGAUCCACGACAAGCGGUUACUUGUUUGUGCGGUGAUUCCCAAACAAGAUAUUGGCGUUAUUUGGCAGAUGUGGAAAGACAAGGGCGAGGAUAUGCCUUGGGCUUCAAGCUUCGGUGUACCACCUGCGGCGAUAAUGGUGGGCGGGAUGCCGAUACCAAAAUGGACGAAUGAAGCAGGAUUUAUUGAGGCUCUUACAGGACGACCAGUUGGAGUGGUUAAAUGUGAAUCGAAUGAUCCUAGGGUUCCAGCCAAUGCUGAAAUUGUCUUUGAAGGAACGGUUUCAACCUCUGAAACGGCUACCGAGGGUCCAAUGGCUGAGUACCAUGGCAUGAUCUAUCCGGGACAAUCGAAACAAAAUCCUAUCUUCAAGGUCAACACCUUUACACACAGAGAAGACCCAAUCUUACCAAUUUGCGUAGCGGGGAGGGCAGCAGAAGAAAACCGUACAGUGUGGGCCCUGAUGCAGGCUGCUAAAGUUCUGAAUAUCUGUCAGAAUGCCGGGCUUCCUAUCCAGAUGGUUUGGUCUCCAUUCGAAUCCCAUUGUCUAUGGUUCGUACUUCAAGUGAACCGACAAGGACUCAGAGCAAUGAAGACCAAUAUGUCUGACUUUAGCAACAAAGUGGGUCAUAACGUAUUUGGCUCUAAGCCUGGAUGGUACAUUCCGAAGAUCUUCCUUGUUGAAGAAGAUAUUGACCCUACCAACCUUCGGGAUGUAAUUUGGGCGGAGGCUACUCGAUGCCAGCCUGAAGUGAAUGAGUUCUUAUUCCACGAUUAUGGUAAUAUUCCAUUGAUUCCGUAUGUGAGUCAUGGGAUUAAACCUGAUGGUCAUCAAGCCAAGGUGGUUCGGUGCUGCAUGUUUCCAUCUGAGUUUGUGGAAGAUAAUGUUUUCUGGAAGGAAGGCUCUUUCGUGGUUCCUACCCUACUGAUGUUCAGCAGAAAGUGA